AUGGAUAUGAAGGAUCCUAAUUAUAUCCUUGUCCAAGACUUCGCCCAAGAUUGGGUCACACAUCCCGAUUUUGCGCUUGGUGCUUUGUUCAACAGGGCGAAAUCUCCAAGACAUUGGAUGGUGGUAUCUGAUGAAAUACUGGGUACUUCCCAAUUUCGCCGUCAUCAUGAGCCCCCUUUCUGCGGUGGCAGGCUUAAAAUAUCAGUCAAAGAUAUACAGCCGGAUGAGGUUGAUCGAAAUCGAUAUGUCCAAACAGAACUUUUUGGGUCUCUUGAGUCAUCUCAUAUGCUGAUAGAGGAGUUCAGGAUGCAGGACAGUCUGGUAACCAGGUACACUCCAGAGAUCUUCGCAGAUAGAUUGAGACAAGAGGAGGAAACUUCGAUUUUCUUCGAGUGUCCCAAUCCGACCUUGGACGAUAUAUUGCCUCUGUACAUGGUCACCGGCAUCAAGUAUGCUAAAGGCCUAGAAUAUCGGAUUUUGGAGGACAAACAUACUUCAUCGGACUCCGUUGCCGUUGCCAAUGAAGUCGGGAUCGAUCCCUAA